CACUCCACCAGUGAAAGAACAGGAGUGACUCACAGGAGGAAGAUGAAGAGACCGUAUUUCCGGGUGUCCGCUGUAUACACCAACAGUCCAAAGUCACUUGAGAAGAGGAGAAUCUGUUGCAGAGUGUGAUAGGAGCUUCAGACACCACACAGAUGAGGCCCGCCCCUAGUGGCCUGGACAGGCCCAGCAGCCAGAGCCCCCAAAGCCACAGCUGCACUCCCUUGGGAAGGAGGAAGAGGUAGCCCUGAAGAAGCAGGUGUGCUCAAAAGGCUCUACAGCCUGGGCCACCUGGCAGCUCCAGGUGCUGUGAGUGCGCUGCCAUGGAGACGGCCCCGUCGUCGGUGGUGAGAAGGCUGCAGAUCCAGGAGAGGGAGAGAGGGACAGCACGGAGCCUCAGCCCUCCAGAGCAGUCUGCCCGACCAUCUUAGCACCCUAGGAAGCCCAGCACAAUCUCUCAGAGGCCUCCCGGAUGGCUGACCGACAGGGGCGUGAGCUGGUGGCUGAGUGCCCUGUCUGCUGGAACCCCUUCAACAACACGUUCCACACCCCCAAGGUGCUGGACUGCUGCCACUCUUUCUGUGUGGAAUGCCUGGCCCACCUCAGCCUGGUGACUCCUGCCCGGCACCGCCUGCUUUGCCCACUCUGUCGCCAGCCCACUGUCCUGGCCUCAGGGCAGCCAGUCACUGACUUGCCCACAGAUACUGCCAUGCUGACGUUGCUCCGCCUGGAGCCCCACCAUGUCAUCCUGGAAGGGCGUCAGCUCUGUCUCAAGGACCAGCCCAAGAGCCGCUACUUCCUACGCCAACCUAGAGUGUACACACUGGACCUUGGCCCCGAGCCUGGGAGCCAGACUGGGUCCUCCCAGGACACGGUCCCUGCUACCGGAGCCAGGCCCCUCCCCACCCCCAGCCACUACUCUCUAAGGGGAUGUUUCCGCAACCCUCAGUUUCGGAUCUUUGCCUACUUGAUGGCUGUCAUCCUCAGUGUCACUCUGUUGCUCAUCUUCUCCAUCUUUUGGACCAAGCAGUUCCUUUGGGGUGUGGGGUGAGUGCUGUUCACAGACAAGGAACAAGCUGCUGGGGAAGGGGGCUGCAUAUCCUCAUUUGGCCUUGUCCUCUUUCAUAGUAUUGCUCACUUUUCAAGCCAGCAGUGGAUGUUAGGGCAUGUUUGCUUCUGGGAACAGAGAAGGCCCCAUUGUAAUGAGGGUGGUGGUAGGGGAGAAAACCCCAAAGUUGAAGGAUUAGGGGACAUUGAGACCUCCUGGUGUGAACCAUGGCGUCAUGGAGGACCGAGAAGUGGUACUAUGGAUACAGAGUCACAGAGAAAAUUGUGCCAAAGGGCUGUACAAUGGUAUCCAGGAACCUGGUUAGCUCAAACAGCAAGUUGUUUCUCAAAGGAGCUGCUUUGGACUCAGUUCAUGUUUUUAUUAUGUGUUGUUAAAAAUUUUGAAAAAUGAGUUACAACUCUGUGGGCAAAUGAGCUUGUCUCCACUUCCAACUCUUGGAUGUCUUGUUACAGUCCCAGUAAGAUGGUCUGCAUUAAUUCAUUUAUUCAUUCCACAAAAAUUGUUUGGGAGGGCUGGGGA